CUUCCUCUUUCGCCAUUAACAUCUGAAAUUCUCAGAAGCGUUAAGUUAGAUAAUAAUGGUGGGACUAAGUAUUAUUUUGGAGUCGACUAACAACAACAACAACAACAACACUCUCAGUACUCCUAAACCGCAUCAAGUCGUUAACAAAUCCGCCGUCAUGGUCUCCUCCGAUCUCCGCCGUGGGAAUUGUUAUCUGAGUUCUGGGUUUCUCGAACAUUGUUUUCUCUGCAGAAAGAAGCUUCUUCCAGCGAAAGAUAUCUACAUGUAUAAAGGUGAUAGAGCGUUCUGUAGCGUGGAGUGUAGAUCGAAGCAGAUGACCAUGGACGAAGAAGUAGAAGAAGAAAGCUUGACUAGAGAGAACUGUUCGUUUACGGCUGUUAAUACGACGACGUCUGACUCGUCUUCAGGCGGUCACCGUCGGGAUCCGGGGAACCGAGCAGGCGGCGGUUUCGCUUUCUGAAACAGAGAGAGAGAGAGCACUACAAACUGAAAAUCGUGAUUUGACCUUUUUACCCUUAGGCUUAUUUUUGUCGUUUUGUUAUAUGAGAUGUAAAAACCUGAAGGGUGUUUCGGUAUUUCGAGUUUGCAUAUCUAUGGAAGCCCCUAGUUUUAUUAUUUUAGUAGGUUGGUUGGGAAGAAUA